UGGUUUUUUAAAGUUAACCGAUUUUUAGUUUUUACAAAAUACUAAAUAGUGUAGGACUCUGGACUACGGAGUACGGAUAAGAAUUAAUUAUUUAAUAUGUUUUCGCAAAUCAUACGUAAUGUGAACUUGGAUGUCGAGUCAUCGACGGAAGUGUCAGACGAAUUCGCUGAACUUUUAAAACUAUCUGAGCAAUCGCAUUUAGAAUAUGAAGAUUCAAAGACUAGGCUGGAAGAGACCAACAAAGAAAUAAAUCACUACGAUGAACAGUUGAACAUUAUUGAAAGAGAACGUGUCAAACUUAUGUCGGAGUUGGCUCUUCAAAUGCAGAUGAAACAUGACUUAAAGAAUAAAGUAGAUGGUCUGAAGAAUAUACUACAAUMAACAGAGUUUGACUUAAAAAAAUAUAACAAAAUGAAGUUAAGUACUGCUGAUCUAGAAAUGUUGUCCAAUACCAAAAAAACAUUCAUUACUUAUAAAAAUAUGUUGAAGAUAUAUUUUGAUUAUUCCAAUGGUGCAAAUGCAACUACACAAAAAGGAUAUACGUUUAAUACAAUUGCGAAAAAAUUAGCUUAUUUUGAGUUUAAUACAGAUGAAAAAACUGACAGUGAAAUUGCAGAAUGCUUAUGGAAUAAAAUAAAGUUAGUUUCAGAUAAAAAUUGGGAAAUGUUAACAUUAUAGUAAUUUUGUUUAUCUGUAAUGAAGGUUAAUAUGUAUUAUUUUUUUUAAAAUAAUUGUAAGUAGGAAUUUGAUUUUUAUCUUGAACAAUUGUGAACUGCCAUUUGGCCUAUAAGUUGAUAUUUUUAAAUAUAAAUAGAUGACAUUUUAUUCUAGUUACUAUCCUUUUUGUUAAAUAAAAAUUAUUUUUAUUCAUACAAAUCACACAUUACUUAAUAGUCUUUAUAUAAUUUUUGUUGUAUAAAAAAUGAACAUUUCUAAUUGAAGAAUCAAUAAGCAGAAUUUGAAAAUGGUAUUUUUUAAAUAUGUUAAUGUUUAAUAAUAUUACAUAUCUAACUAUCUUAUACUUUGUUGAUUUGUAAUUAUUCUUUACUUAAGUAUAUUAAGAUGAAGAAUGUUUAAAGUAGUAUUAUUUUGUAGUCAUGUCUUUUAUUAAUAUGUAUUAUCAAUUUGAUAUUCUAACUUUUAGAAUGUAUUGAUUUGGUAAUUUUAAUUAUUUUAAUUGUGGUCUGUACAUAAUAGGUAAACUGUGUGAUGCUAAUAAAUAUUAUUUGGAUAAAUAAUAAUUACAGUCAAUAAACUAGUUAUAAACGAUGGGGGCCGGAGGAGAAGUAUUGGCACCAUGGUUCCUCCUCCGGUUCUCGAUACUAACGAAAAAAAAAAAAAAAAAAAAAAAAAACUAGUAUAACCUAUUUGUUUUAUAUAUAAUAUAAUAUAAUAAUAUAUUUAUAUUUAUGCUGAUAACUGGUUAUUGAUUGUACACCAGUACCUUUUACUUCUAAUUAUAUUUUGUGUACACGGUAGCUGUUAGUAGACUCUAUUUGUAAAAUUAUUUAAAAAGGUAUAUAGGUAUAUAUUAAAUUUAUACAUACAAUAGUGUUCUCUUUACCUAACAUAAGUUAUUAGUUUGUUUGUUUUUACUAUUUAGUAUUUACAGUAAUAAAAUUAUUUUGUCAACAUAAUGCGCUAGCAGUUCCGGCAGCAUCCUCGA